GGAGGUGGGCGUAAGGGAUAACAGAGACAAUUGGACUAUUAUGAGUAGCCCUUCGAAUCCACGCCUCUGUCCAGCAUCUUUCACAGGUCCAUGCUUCCUUAUUGUCUGCUUGUGUUUCACUUUCUCGAAGAAGAGAACAUCUGCAGAGAGGGAAUGUAUUUUGGUGAUAAUGAUCUACCCAUUUGUCUGGGCAAUCUCUGUGAAAUUGCACAAGUUUUGAAUUUCAUCAUCUUUCACAAAAGAGCUAAGCAAACAACGCAUAUAUCCUGCUCGAUCUCACCAAAGCACUCUGAAAAAUCACUUAAUGUCAAAGCAAAUAAACGUUCUCUGAUUGUGCAGGCAGAUGCAGAAGAAGUGGGACAAAUGUUUUCAGACAAGCGUUUCAAGUAAGAGUUGUGGAUUUUGUGUAGGCCACGCGAAAAAAGAAGGCAACAAAUUGAAGGCGGAGAUAUCUAAGGUGAAUCGUGGGAUAGUAGGAAUACCAUUUUAGAAACUUAAAAUGCGCCACUGUGGAUGUGUUCCGAAACUUUAGGGACAGUCAAAAGUCAAAUGAAAAAGUGAACGAAAAAAUACCGUUGGAAAAUCGAGGACUGAGAAGUGUUCAAUCGUCUUGCAUUGCGUGUGAGGCAUUCUCAGCUGUUGAUGAUUAAAAGAAGGUUGUUCAUUUCAUAUUAGGAACACCUUCGCUGUAAUGAAACAAAACCCGCCAAAACUACUUUACCUACCUAGCAUUCCUGAACACGUGAUUUUGUUCAAAGGAUUCCAUUAUAUUUUUAAGAAAAAAAAGCGGAUUCAUAUUUUUUUUGGCAUAUAUACAAGUUUUCCUCACAAUGCGUACUAUUUAAGAUCCGCACAUAUUCGCGGAUAAUCAGAGCGGACGACGUAAAUGGCCACGGCCUUUCGUUUCCUUCUCCUCCUCGGCACUGCAGCGUUGCUUUCUCCAGUCCAUUCAAUCCCCUUCAUCGUCCUGCACGGCAUUAGUGAUGGAUGUAGGAACAAAGGUGUCAAAUUCACUGAGCUGCUAAGCAAUUGGUCUAGCUCUGAAGGAACAUGCUUAGAAAUUGGAGACGGGUCAUUGACUUCCUGGAUUAUGCCUCUAAUGGAACAGACUGAAAUUGCAUGUGAGAAGGUGAAAUCAAUGCCAGAAUUGAAGGACGGGUACAACAUUGUUGGUUUAUCUCAGGGCAAUGUAAUAGGACGUGGAAUUAUUGAGUUCUGUGAUGGAGGUCCUGCUGUUAAAAAUAUGAUCUCAUUAGGUGGACCACAUGCUGGAAUUGCGUCAGUGCCUCUUUGUGAGACAUCAUUUAUCUGCGCACUCAUUGAUGCCUUGAUUGAGGGUGAAUUAUAUUCUGAAUUUGUACAGGAACACCUAGCUCCAAGUAAUUAUCUCAAAAUACCAACGGAUAUAUUUGCAUACUUAAAAGGUUGCAGAUUUCUCCCGAAGCUUAAUAACGAGUUGCCUGGUCAUAGAAAUUCCACAUAUAAGGAGCGCUUCAGUAGUCUUGAAAAUUUGAUCCUGAUCAUGUUCGAGCAUGAUACUGUUUUGAUCCCACGAGAAACUUCAUGGUUUGGAUAUUAUCCGGAUGGUAACUUCAAUGUGAUAUUACCUCCACAGGAGACUGCACUAUACAAAGAAGAUUGGAUUGGGUUGAAAGCUUUGGAUGAUGCUGGAAAAGUGAAAUAUAUCAGUACACCUGGGAAUCACCUUCAUAUCACUCAUGAUUGCAUGCUGAAGUACAUUGUUCCAUACUUACAAGAUGCAAGUGCACAUGAAUUUGUUAAGAAACCAAUUCUAGAGCCACAUGGAUUGAACAUGCAAAACCAAACAAUAUAGAGACAUUUUCCUGCAUACAGUAAACUAUAGGCAUCUGUCACACAAAACAUCUUAUAAUAAUCAAUCAUGAAAAUUUACUGUGGUGUUUGUGUUCUGCUAGGUUUGAUCAAAUGAAAAACUCCCUAAUCUAUAUUUGAACCUUACAAUAACAUUUUAUAAUGAGUGUUUGUAAAUUGAUUCUUGGGACAAGCCAACGUAUGGGUAUCCAUACCAUGGACAGUAAACCUUUGAGCUUAUUUUGGUAUAGAUAUAUAGCCAAAGGAAAUAGAACCCUCUCAACGAGCUGCUUCACUUGGUGUGGUCGAGCAUUUGACCAAGUGCAAACUGGUGUAUCUUCAGGAAGGAUAUUUGUAAAAUGAGUUAUUCUAAUGAUUCUUGCUUGACAGAAAGGGUUAUGUUAGAA